CGCUUGCUUCUAGAAGGGGCGUCCAGGACUUCGUCUGAAGGGGGCCGCGUGGAUACUCGCUUUCAGAAAAAAGCCAGUCCCUACGGUCUCCAGUUUCGGAUCUCUGGACCCUCUCUGCGGGCACCUAGCGUAUUUGCAGAUUGCCUUGGAUGAUGGCCUGCGUCUGACAGUCCCCUCGGCUCACCUCUGCUCUCCUAAGGUCGCAGUUGACAGCUCCCCUGGUCCUCAGCAUUUGCCUGGAACUGCUGGGUCUGCCACAUCCUGUCCAGCUGAUCCCUAUCCUGUUGUGUUGCCUGGGUCCACAACCUCCCUGCAUUGGCUCUUCCUCCUUUCUUCCCUCUGCUUCCAGUAUGCCUCGGGGUCGUCGCCGUCGUCAGGGCCCUCGCAUUCCCAUCCGGGCAGCUGCCAAUUACGCCAAUGCACACCCUUGGCAGCAGAUGGACCAGGCCUCUCCUGGGGUGGCAUAUACUCCCCUUGUGGAUCCCUGGAUUGAGCGGCCCUGCUGUGGGGACCCUGUGUGUGUACGCACAACCAUGGAACAGAAGAGCACAGCUAGUGAUUCUGUUGGUGGUAAGCCCACAGAAAGGGGCCUUCCAGCUGUGCGAAUGCUCGGCCCCCGGCCCCUCAGGAUGGACUUCCACUGGGUGCCUGGCUCAGAUCCAGGCACCUUUGAUGGCUCUCCGUGGCUGCUGGAUCGCUUUUUGGCCCAGCUAGGUGAUUACAUGUCUUUCCGCUUUGAACAUUACCAAGACAACCUAAGCCGUGUCUGUGAGAUUCUUGGACGCCUGACUGGACGAGCCCGGGCCUGGGCAGCCCCUUACCUUGAUGGGGACCUUCCCUUGCCUGAUGAUUAUGAGCUGUUCUGCCAGGAUCUUGAGGAAGUUAUUCAAGACCCAAACAAUUUUGCUGAGUACCAUGCCGCAGUGCCUUGCCCCUUGCCUCCAGCCUCGAGCCAGCCACCAGUGGCCCCGCAGCUGCCUGUGGUGAGAGAGUAUUUAGCUAGGUUCUCAGAGGCCCUGGCACUCAACAUGGGUACUCCCCUGAGGCCUGUCUCAGCUGCUGUGGCCACCCCUGCUGUGUCUAGGUCCUCUUCUACAUCCAGAAAUGUUCUAGCCAAGGAGAGCACGCCUGGGCCCCAGGAGGUUCCUGUACUGUCCAGUUCUGCUUGUAGUCAUGAUCCUGGUCCUGUUGGGCUAGUUCCCUUCCAGCCAGAGGAGGCAGGGACCAAACCUGUCCCCAGACUUUCAAAAUCUCCUAACCUCUCUGCCCAGAUGACAGACCUACCUUACUCAGAGGGUUCAAAAACCCAGAAAACAGAGGACCAAGUUUCUGAGACUGGGGGAGUCCAGAAUGUAUCGUUAGGUGCCUCACAGCAGGUAGUUGAGACCCCAGAAGAGCCUCCAUUUUCUCCUGAUUGCCAGCACGCAUCCAUGGGCUCUGAACAUGGCCCAGGCAGAAGCAAUAGUGCACUUUGUGAUCAAGUGGCUGGUGUUGCUAAGGAACCCCAUAGCCCCCAAUCAGGACAGAGUGGUGUCCCCAGAUGACUCCAGACAACUUCAUAGCUGGGCUAAUAGAUGCAUCCAUUUUGGACUUGUUUGUUGUUGGAGCACAAGCAAUACCCCCUGUCCCAAGCAGAACAAGGGCCUUUGCCUGUGCACUUGUCCUCUGUUCCUGCUGGGUUUCCAGCUGUGUUCUCACCCUUUGCAUGGGAGUUCUAUCUUACUGGGCCUGUUCCUGCUAGUUGGAUAGUUCUGAAAAUCAGCCCCAUCAGAUAUUUACACCUGUUAACUCUCACAAAACACCACCCUUGGCAUUUCUCAACAGUGAUUGGAACUGGAUUUGUUUGGCCCUGCCUGUUCUAGUUGGACAUGGUCCCUACAUAGUGUCUGUGCUCCUGUCUCCUGCCCCCAAAUUCCGGUUCUCUGUGACCUUUGACCUCCAGGUUGGAAUGUAAGAAAGGCUGUGUGGAGGAGAUGGCCACUUAUUAAAAAUAUUUUUCUAAAUUGUGCAUAAGUACAUGGAAUAUAGUAUGAUAAUUUGAUACACAUGUAUAAAUGUGUAAUGAUCAGGAUGGUUGGCAUUUCUAUCUACUUAAAUGUUUACCAUUUCUUUGUGUUGUGAACCUUUGAACUCCUCUUUUCUAGUUCUUUAUAUGAUAUAUUGUUAUAAACUGUAGUCACCCUGCUGUGUCAUAGAAACUAGAACAAUUUUGUAUUUUGGUACUUGUUAUCUAACCUUCAUCUGUCUUUCCUGCCUCCAUCCUUGACAUCUUCUAGUGAAGGCUGUUCUACUCUGUAAUCAACUUCCACAUAUGACAACAUAGGGUAUUUGUCUCUCUGUACCUGGUUUAUUUCACUGAAUGUUUUCUAGUUCUAUCUGUGUUGCCAUAUUUCAUUCUUUUUAUGGCUGAAUAAUAUUCCAUUAUGUAAAUAUACCACAUUUGCUUUAUUCAUUCAUCUAUCAGUAGACACUCCAUUAAUUCCAUACAUUGGCCUUUGUGAAUAGUGGGGAAGCAGCGAUUGCUUCUGAAUGAGUAAGAUGGCAUCUUGGUUUCCUUGUGGGUUUACCAGAAGCCCAAGCCAGCUGGAGUUUUAGAUGCAGGAAGGUGGGGCCCAAGCCCCAUUGCCAGGCAUUAUCCUUUCUAUAUGGUAAUAUUAUGACCACACUAGUUUUCUUAAGAAAUUGGUACAGGUUUUAAUGUUUCUGUGCUGCUUCUUGCCCUCUUUUUUUUUUUUUUUUUUU